AUGGCCUCCUCUUCAUCGACAUCGAUUGAAAAGUCAGGCGAGCAGACGCCUCCACAGCUUGUUCAAGAUGGUCCCAAAUUAGAGGCAAACACGCCAGGAAACGAUACGCAGGAAGCGGAACCCAACGCCUCACCAAGGCAGAUCCAUGGCAUCCUCAUAUCGUCAAGUUGCCAUGGCUGUCUGUCGGGUGAGUUCAGUUCGAUUUAUCUCUCAAGUGAUGCCAAGUCAAUGGAUCUAAUCAAGUCCAUGAACAGGUUUCUCCUAGGCGGUGCAACAGUCGUCCUCCCAUUUGGCAAGCUCUACGGCCUCUUCGACGCCAAGUGGCUAUACAUCAUGUCCUCCGCGCUCUUCAACAUCGGAUCCGCGCUUUGUGGUGCCGCUCCUAACAUGGAUGCUCUCAUCAUCGGUCGUGUCCUCGCUGGAAUGGGCGGAAACGGAAUGUAUCUAGGCGUCAUGACCCUCCUCUCGGUCAAUACUUCGGAUAGGGAGCGAUCAGGAUACUUGAGUUUUGUCGGCCUGGUCUGGGGCAUUGGGACUGUCCUGGGCCCCGUCGUGGGCGGUGCAUUUGUUGAAUCAAGUGCCACAUGGCGAUGGGCCUUCUAUAUCAACCUCUGCGUCUCAGGCCUGUUCGCUCCCAUCUAUUCCUUCUACAUCCCGUCAUUCAAGCCUCGCGCCGGCACCAAAAUCGCCAACCUCGUCCGCGAGUUCGACAUCGUCGGCACGAUCCUCAGCAUCGGAGCCAUCAUCACCAUCAUCAUGGCCAUCAACUUCGGCGGAGCCUUGUAUCCGUGGAACAGCGGCCAGACGAUCGCCCUCUUCGCGGUAUCCAUCGUCCUCUUCAUCGUCUUCGGCAUCCAGCAAGGCAUGACCAUAUUCACCAACACCAGCGACCGACUCUUCCCCUGCCAGUUCCUUCGGAACAUCAACGCCGUCCUCCUCUACAUCUGCGCGUCGGCCGUCAACACAGCGGGUUUCAUCCCCAUCUAUUACGUUCCGCUAUACUUCCAGUUCACCAGGGGCGAUGACGCCAUCAGAGCAGCCGUCCGCUUGCUUCCUCUCAUCGUCGUCCUCAGCGCUGCGAUUCUGGCCAAUGGGCAUCUCAUGUCUCGCUUCAGCUAUUUCCAGCCAUGGUACAUCUUUGGAAGUGUUCUCGCCUUGAUUGGUGGUGUCUUAUUAUCGCGCAUCAAGCCAGACACCUCCGAGGCCAAGAUCUACGGGUUCGAAAUACUAGUCGGCAUUGGCACGGGCUGCUUCAUCCAGGCCGGAUACGCCGUGAUCCAAGCGGUGGUUCCAGCAGCAGAAAUGGCCUAUGCGAUCAGUUUCAUGAUGAUUGGUAAGUGCCUGAGCAUUGAAAAAGAAAGGCUUGUUAAAGCAUCUCAACUAGGAGGAAUCGCAUUCGGCCUCGCCAUCGCAGGCGCCGUGUUCAUCAACGACGCGAUAGCAGGCCUGUCCGCUCUCUUGCCAGACGUCUCUCGCGCCGAGCUGCAGCUGGCGAUCUCAGGGACCAGCGGCGCGUACUUCCGUGCGCUGCCAGAGGGGCUUCGAGCACAGUCACUCGACAUCAUCGUUGGUGCGAUUCAGAAGGUGUUUAUCCCUGUGUAUGUUGGCGCUGCUGUCAGCCUUGUUCUUUCGGUGUGCUUCACGCAUAGCAAUGAUUCCAGCGAGAGAGAGACCUCGACGAGGAUGCAAAGAGAAGAAGACCAUGGAGGAGGACUUGCAUCUGACCAGCUUUGUUCAAAUCAAAAGCUUACACUGAUAGAAUUUUGGUUUUGUUAG